AUGUUCACCGUCCCAUCGUGGAACGCUGCAUCUACUGCUGACGCCAACAUCGAUACGCGGAAAUGGGUGAUCUUGGGCGAUAUUUACGACGUCGUGAGCGCGCUGGCACUCAAGUACGACAUACACCCCUUGGCGCUGGAGGACGUCCUUCAUCAACACGGGAGCUCCCGCUCAAAGGUGGACUACUACCCGAAGCACCUCUUCAUCCGUGUCUCAUGUCACUCGCUCCGCUCUGCCGACGGUUCCACGCCAAAUUCUUCCGUGACUACGCUGCCACGGUCGGCGUCUCCCGACCCUCUCUCUGAUGAGGACUUGGACGACGACGGCGCAGGGAAGGAAGACGACGAGCGCACGAUGUACGAGAGUGCGAGCGGGUCGCGCUUCUCAACAAAGCGGGAUACCAUGAAACGUCGGAAAGUAGAUGUCACCACAAAGGACGUGGAGAGCUUACCCAUGAAGCUAUCACGCUUUAGUGAGCUUUACGGCGACGGCGACGACAAGAAGGUGACCAACGCACGAAACAGGAAGUUGAUCCGUGAACUGAAAAAGGGCGACCGUGUCAACGUCCGGAUCCAACCUGUAUGCAUAUUUUUGUUCCGCGAUGGGACAGUUAUAUCCAUCUGCGAAGAUCCUAACUUGGACUACACGGCACCGAUCAUGGAACGUAUUCGCCUGCGGGAUUCAGGUUUGCGAACAACGGCCGAUCCUUCACUUCUCGUACAAAGUUUGCUCGAUCUCAUUGUCGAUCAGGCUCUGGAGGUUGUCGAGGAGUACCAGAGUAAGAUCCUGAACAUCGAGCAAGCGGUGUUGAUCAAGCCAAACGUGCGGACAGUUCGGCGUUUGCACAUCUUGCAGGGUGACCUGAUUUUGCACAAGCGUACCCUUGAGCCUAUUAAGACAGUCAUCUACGGCUUGCGGCGAUAUGAUGACGAUCGUGCCGCCGCGCUUUUGGAGCGUGUCGACCCUCACAUGAAGAUUGAAGGUUACAUGAGCCACAAGGCAAAGAUAUAUCUCGCAGAUGUGCACGACCAUAUGGAGUACAUUCUGACAAACCUGGACAUGUUUGCUGGGGUCUGCGAUAAUCUGAUCAACUACACGUUCAACAUGGCCUCGUAUGAGAUGAACGACGUGAUGCGUCGGCUUACGAUGGCGACAAUCAUUUUCCUUCCGCUCACCCUGUUGACGGGUUACUUUGGUAUGAACUUUGAGAACAUGUGGUCCAUCCACCACAAUCAUACCGACGUUAUAUUCUGGAUCAUUGCCCUCCCGCUCAUGACGAUCGUGAUCACCAUGUUCAUGUGGUCGGACCUGAAGAAGAUGGCGCACUAUGUCGACAAGCGCUUGAUGCGGAAGAAGGUCAAGCGGGCAUAUAGGAAGCGCGUUUGA